AUAGAUAGAUAGAUAGAUAGAUAGAUAGAUAGAUAGAUAGAUAGAUAGAUAGAUAGAUAGAUAGAUAGAUAGAUAGAUAGAUAGAUAGAUAGAUAGAUAGAUAGAUAGAUAGAUAGAUAGAUAGAUAGAUAGAUAGAUAGAUAGAUAGAUAGGCAACAGUUUCCUUGUUUCGACAUUUUCAAACCACGUGACCCGUGUUUACAUUUUCUCUCAGCUGUUUCUUUCUUCCUUCUCUCUAGCACAGCGUCUCGCCGUUGCCGUUCUUAUUUUUCCCAACCAAACCACUAAAGUUAGCUCAGACAAGCAGUACUUAGUCUAUGGAAGAGGCUGUUAUUGUGUGAAAGUGGCUUUCACUGACCGUCGCAUUGCACGGUGCAUUCACUUGCAAGAAGUGAGUAAAUGCGACACGACAUUCUCGGACUUGCUGCUCGGACAUGAGCCCCAUCUGAAGUGACACUUGACGACUUGCGUUGGCAGGACCCCCUCAGCCAGCGUAGAUAUCCAUGCCGCUGUGAGGAGAACUCACUCAACCUGUGUACAAGUUCAGCCCUUCCGUGUCUCUUCGCCUUUCGCCAUGGGGGGAGCUGUGAGCGCCGGGGAGGACAACGAUGACCUCAUCGAUAACCUAAAGGAGGCUCAGUACAUCCGCACAGAGAAAGUCGAGCAGGCUUUCCGAGCCAUAGAUCGAGGUGACUACUAUCUGGACGGUUAUCGGGACAGUGCUUACAAAGACUUGGCGUGGAAGCACGGAAACAUUCACCUGUCUGCUCCGUGUAUAUACUCUGAAGUAAUGGAGGCUCUCAAACUGCAGCCAGGCCUUUCCUUCCUUAAUCUGGGCAGCGGAACCGGUUACCUGAGCACAAUGGUUGGGCUCAUCAUAGGCCCCUACGGUGUGAACCAUGGAGUUGAGCUCCACAAGGAUGUGGUCGAGUACGCCAGACAGAAACUUGAUGAAUUCAUUAAGAAUAGUGACAGUUUUGAUAAGUUUGAAUUCUGUGAACCUCUCUUCGUGGUGGGGAAUUGCCUUGAAAUCUCAACAGACAGCCAUCAAUAUGAUCGCAUUUAUUGUGGCGCUGGAGUGCAGAAGGACCAUGAAAAUUACAUGAAAGUACUGCUCAAAAUUGGAGGCAUACUGGUGAUGCCUAUAGAGGAUCAGCUGACCCAGAUAACCAGAACCGGUCAGAGCACGUGGGAUAGCAGGAACAUUUUGGCAGUGUCCUUUGCCCCCUUGGUCCAGCAGAGCCGAGGAGAAGGAGAGAAGCCUGACACUGUCCAGCUGCCCCCAGUGACCGUCCGCAGCCUACAGGACCUAUCUCGCAUUUACAUUCGCCGCACUCUCCGAAACCUGACGAAUCAGGACAGUCAGGGAAAGGGCACGGUUCAGAGGGUUCCCCACAAGCGCAAAAGGAGGCGCUGCCGACGGCGGCGCAUCAACACCUACGUUUUUGUGGGCAAUCAGCUCAUACCCCAAAUGGUGGAGAGUGAAGAGGAGGAACACGCUGAGGAGGAACAGAAGGAGGCGGCGGCAGAGGAGGAGGAGGAAAGAGACAUUGGUGACAUUGAAAUCAUCAAGCAAGUGAAUGAGCUGAGAGAACAAAUACUGGCUCUGCCUCUGCCGGAGUCACUGAAAGCGUACUUGCUGUAUUACAGAGAGAAAUGACUGAUCCACUCGAUGUCCAUCUUUAAUGAGUGCUCUGCCUGCUGAAAUCCUGUUUUCUUCACCCUUUUUUCAGUUCAAUGUAGCAUUAUUAUCACUUAAUCUCAAAGGCAACACUGUAUUGGAACAAGAUGACAUAAUGUCAGGUAAUAAUGUUUUGAUUUUCAUGGGUGUUCGUUUCUCUUGACAUUUUCAUUUUUGAUCUGUAUAUAAAAAUAUGUAAAAAGUAUCCUAAAUGGACAUUCAGUUUCAGGAAACCGUUUUGAGAUACAGAUUUUAUCAAAACAGGAUGUCUGCCGAUAUAUACAGAUAAAAACUCUGUAAAUGACAAAAAAACAAAAAAAAAAAAUUCUGUUCUAUGGUUUUGUUGAAAUAUGAUCCUACAAAAAUGAAAACUUCACUGCACCUUUUGUAGAAGCUUUAACCUGCUGCUACGGGGAUUUAAUUAUACAGAAACGUUCUGAAAUGCAAAUAAGGCCACAUCUGAUCCCAUUUUUCAACUAAAGAUUUCUUGCAUACUCAUAAAUGGAGGGAGAAAUAAUUGUCUUGAUACAUUUUAUACCUUCCUGCUAACAAAAAAAAAAUAGAUCACUGGAAAGAUGAAAUUGCUUCAUAUAUAUAUUUUCUACAGGGCACAUUUUAAUGGGAAGUUUUCUAAAGCAUGCUUACAUUCUUGUGGGUUCUCACUGCGAACAGCUGACAUGUUAUUUGAUGCAAUGUAAGUUCUCUACUCUCGUCUUUUCUCAAGGAUGCAUUUAAAUAAUAUAUCAGAGGUUUAGCAUGGUAAGGAAAUGAGCUACAGAUGUUUAUGGACAGUUUCAGAAAGGAAGAUAUUUAAUCAAUAUUGAUUAUAUUAAAUAUAUCUCAGGUGUUUCAAGGCACCGUUUCACAUGUUCUGACUGAUCGCUGGAGGUGAUGUCCCAAGUGAUCAAGUUUAGGAACAUGUCUUAAAAAAUAAAUAAAUAAAUCAUAGAAAUUUAAAGGGCAUUUAUCAUAAUUUAUUUUUGUCCCUUUCCAAUUAUGCUAAGGAUUGUAGCUCUGAAUAAUUAUAUUAAAUUCUAUUCUAUUUUAACAACACAUUAUCAGUAGGGUAAAACUAACCUGUGUCACGAUGGUCUAAACCCAGCUCACGUUCCCUAUUAGUGGGUGAACAAUCCAACGCUUGGUGAAUCCUGCCUCACAAUGAUAGGAAGAGCCGACAUCGAAUUCAUCAAAAAGCGAUGUCGCUAUGAACGCUUGGCCUCCACAAGCCAGUUAUCCCUGUGGUAACUUUUCUGACUUUACAUAUUUGUUUUAUUGUAAAAAAAAAUUACAGAAAAAAGCAAAUGAUACACAAAAAACAGCAAGCAUCAUGCAGCACAGAAUGCAGCCACAAGUUUGAUUGAUCUCGUGUUUGUAACACUGAACCUACCUUUAACAAAAUAAAAUAAUUCUAUAAUUAAGGAUGUUGGCAGCAGUUAGUUUAAAAAAAGAAUUAAUUCUGCUCCACUUCUGACCAGCAUUGUUACUCUUAUACUCUCUUCCUUCCAGCAAACUAGCUUGUUUUAUAUUGGUGAGCCAUGCAGUGAAUGUGCAAGUCUGCCUUUUCUUCACACAAGUAGUCUGGGUUUUACUUGUGAUGGUUUUAGUGCACUAUAGUGAUGUAGCUAUUAAAAUGUUAUACUGAGGAUGUCUGUCACGUUAACUCUAAAAAUCCACCAGCAUUUAGUUUUCUCAUGCUGUUUUAACCCUAAAAAGUCACGUCAAGCUAAUGUUACCCAUGUAGUGAAUGGAGAGGAAGUUAAAAUAGUACGGCAGAAUCACAUUGCGGAUGCAGUUUGGCUCAGAAACAGGAUGAACAUCCUAAAAAAUUGUUUGGAGACAACAUGUUUAUUUUGUACACUUACAAAGUAAAGAGUGUUUUAAAAGAAAACAGUUCUCACUUGAAAACCUCUCUCUCAGCUACUUCUUAGUAGUCUGGCUGUUCACUGCCUGCUCAAGCUGCAUUAUUACCCAUAGAUGAACUUUGUAGCAAAAGUGCUCAAUUCAUCUUUUUGUUGUGCUACCAAUUGGUGGUUAGAUAUUCAACCUAUUCCCAUUAAAAUGUUGUAAUUUUUAUACAGGAAGCAUUUCAUGUUUACUGUAGCACUAUACUUGAUCAGGCACUGCAGAUGCAGGUGAUGUGGCGUCAUCCUUACUAUGUACUCACUUCCUGUUUUACAGAGACACAGCUACAAAAAAUGCUUUAUAAAUACGGGUUAGUUUUGAAAAACAAUGUAAACGUUGAUUAGGAUUCAUUUUUGUUUUAUGCUGUUGAUAGCUCUUUUUUUUCCCUUUUUUGUUUGCUCUAUGAUAUUUGCCCUUUAAAAUGAUUAUUCGGUUCCAUGGCCUUGAGGCAAGUUGAAUUCUGUACAGUGCUGAUGUUUUUGGGGUUUUUUUCUUAAUUUUUAUGUUCUUAAUCAAAAACAAUGCAAAAUCACAAAUGUUCAAGAUUUUGAUGCCUUUUGUAUCCAGGACUACAGUUAUGUCCAACAAAGCACCUUAAUCUGCAGUCCUCAAUAUAAAAGAAAAUCUAAAAAAGGUACCACUCUUGGCUAUAAUUGGGGACUGGACUCAUUGUAAUGUAAAUUCACCUUUAAUUACAAGGCACCCCAAGUACUUCCCUGAUAGUGGUGGCUUUUAAGUGCCAAUGUACCCCUGCAUCAUGUUAGGAUUUCUGUGAGUUUCCUGGCACAGUACAUUAUCUAAACAAAGGUGUUUUUGUACAAAAAAAAAAAAAACAUUCCACAUUGAAAAACAGAACGGCGCCAGCCCGACAUUUGUAGGUUUUCCUUAUGCUUCACUGUCACACAGUUGGACAGUCUCUUUAUCUUUCUUUGAAUGAACCUUUCGUAUUCAAAAAAAACUAAGUUGAAUGUUGUUGAUAUGAAUUUUCUUCAAUAUAAAAGUGAUAUAAGCAGUAUAUAUUGUUCUCAUAAGAUUUUUUUUCCAUCUAGUUUAAUUUGCAGUUGACUUGUUGUAGAACACCCCCUUUUGCUGUACUGUAUCUUCACACUGGGAACUCCACUGCUGUCUGCUACAUAGAAAAUACUAGCUCUCAAUUUUAGUCUGAUGUACUGAAAAAUAUUUUUGUUUUGAAAAUGAACUUGAUUACGUCUCUUGUAGAUUUUUUGUGCGUGGGGAGGUGAUUUCUAUUUUCAGUAUGUUUAUUUUAAUUUGCUUAGUUUUUAAAUGUUCUUGACUGAUAGUUUUUAGUUUAACAGCGCAGAUUCUUAUCUCAUAAUUACCAAUAACAACCAAACAGUCCCAUUUGAUUUGCACAGCCUCCAUUAAAAUUCACAUGACGUAACUGAGCUGCGCAACUGUUUAUAUACCAUAACCUGAAAUGUAAUUGCUAAUUAGUGAGCGACAUUGAAUGCGGCGGACCUACAGCUGAGACUCUGAGGUCGCCCCUUGCACCAAAGUUAAUGGGAUGGCUGUGAUUACAUUUAACGUGGAUGAGAUUCGACUAUUAAAACUGCCCCCAGUGAAAUAAACGAGCUCAUAACUUGCUCGGCACUCUUUAUUUUGGAUUCUUUUUGGCCAAAUCAGUCCAGCUUAUCUUUGUUGGGGGCGAUGGGUUUGAUUGUUCUCAGUGUGUGCAGUUCAUUUUGAAAAUGUGUUGUUUCAUUGUAACUGCGUGGCACAAAAAUAAAGGUCACAAUCACAA